ACCCUGUCGUCCCGCAGGCAACGCUGUCAAGUCAAUGCAAAUGAAUCUUCUAUUAUUUUCGUGAUUCUGCAGAAAAACCGACACAAUAGAAAACAAGCGGUGUUUUGGAGGCAAAUUUUGCUGUAAUUUACGAUACUACUAAACUUCGUUCUUUGCAGCGGGCAUACGUUAGCGCGAAACGAUUACGAACAUGGACACGCUUCGCAAAUAUCUGAACCAGGUUAAAGUGCCGUGCGCUAGCGAUAACGUCUACAAGGAGGAAUGCGUAUACACGUUUGACAAUCCGGAAUCGGACACCGGCUUGUACGUGAGUUUGGCCAGCUUUCUCGGCUUUGGUGAGCAGCAUGUGCGAGCAUACGCCAACCGCACGGGGAACAAAGUGUUUCUGCAUCUGAAGCGUGACAAAAUCGAAGUCACCGAACCGACAGCCGAAGGAACCGGUGGCGGUGCGGAUGGGCCUGAGAAAAAAAUCACCCGGCUGGCGAUUGGUGUAGAGGGCGGAUACACCGGCACCGAGAACAAGAAGUACGAAUACAAGGAACACUUCCAGGUGGUUGUGUUCGACGAUCCGGUCGUACGGUUGGACUACCCGAACGUGGACCUACCGUUGCAGGUGCAGAAUGCGGUGGACGCGGUACAGAAAGCGGAAGCAGCAUCGGUGAAGCGCGAGCGCGAACAGCUAGCCGGCACAUGGGACGGUGAAAUUCGCCAGGUUUCGACCCAUGCCGCCGAUUUGCUGCAGCUGGAGAAUGGCAAGAAGAUUCCACCGACCGGUUGGAAGUGUGAAAAGUGUGAUCUCACCAACAACCUUUGGCUGAACCUGACCGAUGGUUCGAUCAUGUGCGGGCGCAAGUUUUUCGACGGUUCGGGCGGAAACGAUCACGCCGUCAAUCACUACAAGGAAACGAACUAUCCGUUGGCCGUUAAGCUCGGCACCAUAACGGCCGAUGGUAAAGGGGACGUGUACAGCUACAGCGAGGACGAUAUGGUGGAGGAUCCGUAUCUGGUGAAGCAUUUAGCUCACUGGGGCAUCAAUGUAGGCCAGCUGGAGAAAACGGAAAAGUCAAUGAUUGAGCUGGAGCUGGAUCUCAACCAGCGUAUCGGUGAAUGGGGCAUCCUGUGCGAAAGCGGAAGCCAGCUGAAGCCGAUCGCUGGCCCCGGGUACACCGGUAUGAAGAACCUGGGCAACACGUGCUAUCUGAACAGUGUGAUGCAGGUGCUAUUUACCAUUCCGGACUUUGUCCGACGGUUUGUCGAUGGAUCGAAAACGAUCUUCGACAGCUUUCCGGCGGAUCCGGCCAACGAUUUCAACGUGCAGAUGGCAAAGCUAGGCACGGGAUUGUGCAGUGGAAGGUACAGCGUACUCUCGGACAACAGUCUGGAUGCGGCCGACGCGAGCGGGGGAAUUGCACCAACCAUGUUUAAGGCCCUGAUCGGUCAGGGACAUCCGGAUUUCUCCACCAAGCAGCAGCAGGACGCUCAAGAGUUCUUUUUGCACAUGGUCAGCACGCUGGAAAAGCACAGCCGUCACCAGGCAAAUCCGACCGAAGCGUUACGCUUCUGCAUUGAGGAUCGUGUCGAAUGUUGCUCGAGCGGUAAGGUUAUGUAUAACCGGCGGGAUGAAUGGUGCCUUCCGCUACAAAUCCCACUCCAAAAAGCGACCAACCUCGACGAGGUGAAGCAGUACGAGGCUGAACGGACGGCUGCCGAACGUGAGGGCCGCCGGCUCGAUCCGGACGCACUGGUGCGGCCGAAAAUAACGCUUGCCGCCUGUCUGGACACGUUCGCACAGCCCGAGCUGGUGGAACAAUUCUACAGCACGGCCAUCAGUGCGAAGACCACGGCCAAAAAGACGACCAAGCUCGCCUCCAUGCCCGAUUACCUUUUGCUGCAUUUGAAGAAGUUUACGCUGAAAGAAGACUGGACCUCGCUGAAGCUGGACGUGGCGAUCGACAUCCCGGAGGUGCUUGAUCUGGAAACGCUGCGCGGCACGGGCAAGCAACCGAACGAGGAAGAGCUACCGGACAUCGCGGGGCGCGAGCCGUCCCCACCGCCGAUGGAUCCGGAGGUAAUGGAUCAGCUGCUCGGUAUGGGCUUUCCGCCGGAAGCUUGCAAACGUGCCAUCUUCUUUACGAAGAACUCCGGCAUCGAACCGGCCACGCAAUGGAUGGUGGAACACAUUGCCGAUUCGGACUUUGCCAGCCCGUUCGUACCGCCCGGUACGGGCGGUAAGAGUGGUACGGCAGGGGGAGCCGGCAGUGCCGCCUUCGUACCCGAUCCGGUUGGGCUGGAGAUGCUGAUGGGCAUGGGAUUCACCGAUCGGCAAGCGACGAAAGCGCUCAAGGAAACGGGCAACAACACGGAACGUGCCGUCGACUGGAUCUUCUCGCACACGGACGAGCUGGACAGUAUGGCGAUAGAUGAUGCGACUUCCGAUAGCGUUGCAACGGCUGCAGCCGCUGCCGGAUCCGAUAGUGGAGCGACCGGAAGCAAGCAGGGAUCGUCGUACCGUGACGGAACUGGCAAGUACAAGCUAGUUGCAUUCAUUUCCCAUAUGGGCACAUCGGCCCAGGUCGGUCAUUACGUUUGCCACAUCCUGAAGGACGGCCAGUGGGUCAUCUUUAACGAUAAUAAGGUGGCGAUCUCGCAGAAUCCACCCAAAGAGCUCGGUUAUCUGUAUCUCUACCAGCGGGUGUAAAACAUAAACACGCAGUACGUGGAGAAGGACGUCCUGGAAGGAUACGAAACGUGUGUGUCGGUGGGUGGGAACACACUUGUCGUGUGCACGUUGUUCGUCCUUCAGUUUUCUCUCUGUUUCAUCUUUGCGCUCUGUCCCACACACGGGCAGCAGCUGUGGACUGUGAACUAAUCUAUAAUUGAUAAUAAAGCGGCAUCGAAUUAACUAAUGAUAAUAAUA